CGUAACUAUGACGCGCCAUGUACUUUGAAUGGCGAGAGCCAGAAUCACUUGGUGCAACCGCCGGCUGAGAGAGUGUUUUGCAUCAGCAGUUUUCUUAAUUCAAUCUCCACAGAAAGCCGACGAAAUGUCUAUUUAUUAUCCCCGUACAAUUUGAAAGCUUGAAGAUGGGUUAUCUUGGAAGCAGAAAGUUUGCAAGAUUUCCUCGGCGAAAUACAUUGCGAUGGAGUGUUCGCAUAGCAGCCAUCAUAUUGUUUCUGGGAUGCGGUUUGGUAUUCAAGUCGGUUGCGGACAACGCACUAAUUAUUCCCGAAGGUUCAAGCACUUACCACUCUCGCCAUCUUCUAUCUAUGGAAUGGGAAAAAUGUGACUUUGAAAUACAACAUAAAAGGAAUUAUUCAGCAAGAGAAACAUGGACUGCUCCAAGUUCUGCAUAUGUCUGGCUGGUUCUGUAUAUAUUUGCAAUCCUUGUCAUUUUUAUAGCUUUGGCAAUCGUUUGUGAUGACUUUUUUGUCCCAUCACUGGAGGCAAUCUCUGAGAAGCUUGACUUGUCUGAAGAUGUGGCAGGAGCAACAUUCAUGGCGGCAGGAUCAUCAGCACCAGAGUUGUUUACGUCUAUAGCGGGAGUCACUGUAGAUAGUGAUGUCGGGGUUGGCACGAUAGUAGGAAGUGCAAUCUUUAACUUGUUGGUUAUCAUAGCUUUGACAGCUGCUUUUUCUGGACAAGUUCUCCAGUUAGAUUGGCGGCCCCUGCUACGAGACUCAGUUGCUUACAGCCUGUCUAUAGCUUUUUUUAUCAUAUUUUCUUGGGAUGGGAAGUUUGAGAUGUAUGAAGCUGCUGUUCUUCUUAUACUGUACAUUGCUUACAUUGUCGUCAUGAAGUUCAACCCCAAGCUAAUGGAUUUGCUAGCAGAAGUUGGUAAAUCCUUGAGUUACUCAGAAGAUUGGUCGAAAUCAAGUCUUACAACGAAUACUUCUGAAUGCGCCAGAUUGCCAAAAGGAGGCCAAGUGAGUCCGCAGGGACAGCCAACAGAAGUCACGAACCUUGGCGUCAGUGACGCAGACUCCUUGGUUAAUGAGCCAGCUGUGACAGUUCUUCAGGGUCAGCAUGGUACUCCGGCGGGAAAACUUCCUCCAAUCAACCAGGAAAGCUCGCAAGACGAAGCAACUUCGCCAACUAACCAAAAGAGGAGUUCCAGUAUACAUGAUGCCUCGCAUCACAACACGAGGCACUUUGAGCAUGCGCACAAAGGAAUGAUGUCAAGAUCUUUUAUAAAUCUGUCACUGGGACGCAGCCAACACCAUCAUAUGCCUCGACUUUCCGUCUCAUUUCCAAUACUACGUCCAUAUAAAAGUGAUGAUUUCGAUCAGACACACCGAAGGAGUCUAGCUGCUCUCCAUGGUCAUGAUCACAUCCGGAUCAAGUCCAUUGCACAGGGAGCUGUUAAAAAGGAGUUGCGACGCCUGUCGGAGAUGAUGCAUGGUCAUCACAUUCCGCCCACACCAAGUAUUGUGCAAGUGGACCCUACAGACAAGGAACAACCUCCAGGGGAUGGUUCAAGGCCGCAGUCAGGCGUGGGGAGCACAGAUGACGGCGGUUACAAAGAAGAUGAAGUUGGAUCAACUAUGAAAGUCUGUCCGUGUCUUCCUCCGGUCAGCAUUGAAACACCCGAGUACCCGACAGAAGAACGCACUUGCUGGUCGUCUACGAAGUACGUCAUGGGCUGGGUUCUUUUUGUGCUGAGUUUCCCCUUCGUCUGUCUUUACACGUGGACCAUCCCGGAUUGUUCCAAGCCUCACAAUCGCAAGUGGUUCCUUGCUUCAUUCACAAUGUCUAUCGUGUGGAUCGCAAUCCUGAGCUUCGGUUUGGUGACCGUAGUUGGGCGAUCAGGGUGCAUUCUCAACGUGGAUAAGUUCACAAUGGGACUUGUGAUUAUCGCUAUUGGUACUAGCGUACCCGAUGCGCUGAGCUCAAUUAUUGUUGCUCGUGAUGGGUUUGGUGAUAUGGCUGUCUCAAAUGCUAUUGGCUCCAACGUCUUUGAUAUCAAUCUUGGUCUCGGCCUCCCAUUCGUUAUCAGAAUUCUGAUUGACAAAAUGGAACCCAUAAGGAUGCUGACUCCCGCUGAAGAGAUAAUGCUGGAGACUGGUGAAAUUGUUAUUUCCCCACACGUCAAAUUUGGAUUCCUCCUCCUUCUGUUUCUCGUAAUUGCCCUCUUUCUGAUGGCUGCUUUCAAGUUCAAGCUCAACAAGAGACUUGGCCUCUCGUUUGUUUUCAUGUACGUCUUAUUCGUGCUCUACGCCUAUAUACAAGAUAUCUUCUGCAAGCACAACUGUUAACAUUUCUUAGAUCAACAUUUUUCGGUGGAUAACAAAAGGAAUCCACGCUUUUUUAAACACACUUUUUAUUUAUAAUUAUGCAUGGCAUAUUAAAGAUAUAUAUAAAUAUUAUUUUUUUAAACAAGGCUAUAGAGAUAUUGUUCAGUCGCAUAUAUGGAUUGUUACAUGUUUUAGAGCCAUUCAGAAGAGAAAUCUGUCAUCAGACUUUAGGAAAAGAGGGGAGAAAACAACUUGUAUCACGUUUACUAUGCGACGCUCGCUAGCGUGGCCUGCGAGACACUUACAAUCAGAUUAACAUGAACGUCAGUACAAAGUUCAUCCAAAUCAAAAUUGUGUUACUCGAAUGCUAAUUUGUUAAAACUUUGUAUAAGUGGAAACGCUAGCGCUCGUAGCAUGUUAAGAACGACAGUAAGUAAGUUUUAUGAUUUAGAUAUUUAUAAGGGUAGAUAUUUAUUGCCUAGUGUUUGAUACUUUGCGAGCCAUCGUUUGCUCUAUACGCAAUAAGAGUAGUUAUAGAUAUUGAGAGGCUGCUAUAUUUGAAAGAAAAAUAAAGUUAGCUACGCCAAAA